AAAGAACUAACUACUUGACAAAGACGAAAGACUGAAAAGUCAAAAGUCGUCCAAAUAGCACUAACGUGAACUGGAGUUCCUGGGCCUGGGGAGUUGUCCACGAGUUGAGAUUUCAUUUCGGUUCCUUCAGCAUCCCUGUAAAAUAAUUUGUCAUUCAUGGAGGCGAAAAAAGCUGUGGUGGACCGCACCACGAAGGAGACAGAGAUUCAUGUUGAACUCAAUUUGUAUGGCACUGGAUCUUCUACACUUGACAGCGGAAUUGGAUUUCUGGAUCAUAUGCUCUGCGCCCUAGCCAAGCACGCUAGAUUCGAUCUUGUUCUGAACUGCAAAGGAGACCUUCACAUCGAUGAUCACCACUCAGUGGAGGACUGUGGUAUAGUUCUGGGCCAGGCCUUCAAAGAAGCCCUGGGUCAGCCAAAAGGCAUAACAAGGUUUGGCAGUGCAUUUGCUCCUCUGGACGAGGCCUUAUCUCGUGCUGUGGUGGACAUCUCCGGUCGUGCGCAUGCCUCUGUGGACUUGCAACUGCAGCGCGAGAAACUGGGCACGUUGUCGUGUGAAAUGAUCCCGCACUUCAUCGAGUCGUUCGCUCAGAAUGCGGCCAUUACACUACACGUGGAUGUGCUGAAAGGAUGCAAUGACCACCACCGUGCGGAGAGUGCAUUCAAAGCGUUGGCGUUAGCUCUGCGGGCAGCACUAACACCCGAUGCUACAGCAGGCGUUCCAAGCACAAAGGGCACUCUUUGACACUGGCGCGGUUGCUACUAUUACAGCUUAUUUUUCUUCAGUUUGUGUACACAAUUCGAGUAUGUUAUUUGCACUCCCGACAUUUAAAUUAUUUUUCUUUAUUCUAUGGUAGUAUGGGAGAACUCCAUUCUUGAUUAUGUUUCUUUCUUAGUCCUAGGUCUAUAGGGUUCCCGCUUUCCCCAUCUUGUGCCGGCUGGGCUGGUCGAGUGCUGAGGAAGUAGGGCACUAUGCAGCUAUGUCACCGUUCAUGACUGCCUACGUGCAGUGCUGACAAAUAAUUGUUCGCCUCAUUGGGCACUGUCCGACAUCGGUCUGAACAAGAACAGUUCCGAUAUCAACAGAAAACCCGACACUUUGUUGUGUGGCAAGCUUGAAAACAAGAAGUACUGUAUUGCA